AUGAUGCCCACUGGAGGUGGAAAAUCUUUAACUUUUUAAAUUCCAGCACUUAUAUAAGACGGAAUAUAUGUAGUGGUAAUGCCUUUGAUUUCUUUAAUUUAUGACUAACUUUCGGGCAUGAAAAAAUUAGGAAUAUAUGCUAUUAAAGUUUAGGGAGAAAGGAAAAUUUAUGAAAAUGAUUUAAGGAAAAUUUUAGAAUAAGAUUCAGAUUAUCCUAAAAUACUUUUAGUUACUCCAGAAAAAAUAAUGCAAGAUAAUAAUUUUAAUAGCUUUCUCAUUAAAUGCAAUAAUAUCGGAAAACUUAAAAGAUUUGUAGUUGAUGAAGCCCAUUGUGUUUCGCAUUGGGGGCAUGAUUUUAGAAAAGAUUAUUGUUAAUUGGGAAAUCUUAAGUAAUAAUUUCCUAAUGUACCAGUAUUGGCUUUGACUGCUACUGCAACUGAAAAGUGUAAAAUUGAUAUUAUUAAAUAAAUGAAAAUUAAAGGAGCGUCGUAUUUUUAGUGUUCAUUUAAUAGACCAAAUUUAUAUUAUGAUGUUAUUUAAGUACCUAAUAACUAAGUUAUUUAACAUAUGGUCACUUUUAUUAAAGAAAAGUUUAAUAGAUAAAGUGGAAUAAUAUAUUGUUGUACUAAAAAAGAUACUCGAUCGCUUUCUGAAGAAUUAACUAAAAAACAUGGAAUCAAUUCAUGCUAUUAUAAUAGUAAACUUAGUGAUUCUGAGAAAGAUAAAGUUCAAAAUUUAUGGAUGUAAAACGACAUUUAAAUUAUUUGUGCUACAAUUGCUUUUGGGAUGGGUAUAGAUAAACCUGAUGUUAGAUUUGUAAUUCAUUAUUCGUUUUCUAAAUCUUUAGAGGGUUAUUAUUAAGAAGCUGGAAGAGCAGGAAGAGAUGGAAAAAUAUCUCAUUGCAGAAUUUAUUAUAGUCCCUCAGAUAAAUCUUCUUUAAGUUUUUUAAUUAAUAAAGGUACAGGAUCUGAAAAGCUUAAAGCAUAAUAAUAUACAUAACUAUAAAAAAUGAUUAGGUAAAAUUUUUAAUUUUUUUUGUUAUACUUAAAAAUACAAAAAAAGUUAUUGUGA